AUGGCGCACCGGGGGCCCCCGCGCGCCCCGAAGGGCCCCAGCCCCGCCACCCAAGCCCGGAGCCCCGGAGCGCCGCCGCCGCCGCCGCGUUCGCCGCGCUUGCGGCCGCUCCUGCUGCUGCUCCUGCUGCUGGCCGCCUGCGGGGCGGCGGGGCGCUCCCCUGAGCCGGGUCGCCUGGGUCCUCGCGCCUGGCUGACCCGGUCGCCGCGGAGCCCGCCCGCGGGGCGCGCGCUGCCCGGUGACGGCGAGGAGUGGCAGGCGCGCGGCGCGGAGUCCGGCGCCCGGGGUCCCGCUCGGGGUCCCGGAGAGGACGGCGCCCCCGCCGCGGGCCAGGGGCGCCGGGCGCGGGCGGCGCCAGUGACCGGCGCGGCUUCGCCGGCGCAGGUCUCGCUCAUCAGUACGUCGUUCGUGCUCAAGGGGGACGCGACGCACAACCAGGCGAUGGUGCACUGGACGGGCGAGAACAGCAGCGUGAUCUUGAUCUUGACGAAGUAUUACCAUGCGGACAUGGGGAAGGUUCUGGAAAGUUCUCUGUGGCGGUCGUCGGACUUCGGGACGUCCUAUAGCAAACUCACCCUCCAGCCCGGCUUCACCACCAUCAUCGACAGCUUCUACAUUUGCCCGACCAACAAGAAGAAGAUCAUCCUCGUGAGCUCGUCGCUGGGCGACCGGGACGACAGCCUGUUCCUCAGCACAGACGAGGGUACCACCUUCCAGAAGCAACUCAUCCCCUUUUCUGUGGAGACACUGAUUUUCCACCCCAGGGAGGAGGACAAAGUCCUGGCUUACAGCAAGGAGAGCAAGCUCUACGUGUCAUCUGACCUGGGGAAAAAGUGGACACUUCUGCAGGAGCGAGUGACCAAAGACCACGUGUUCUGGGCCGUGUCUGGGGUGGACGCUGACCCUGACCUGGUCCACAUGGAGGUCCAGGACCUCGGAGGAGGGUUCCGCUACGUCACCUGCCAGAUCCACAACUGCUCCGAUCAGGCACUGAUGGCGCCCUUCGCCGGCCCGAUUGACCACAGCUCCCUAACCAUGCAGGACGAUUACAUCUUCUUCAAGGCCACCUCAGCCAACCAGACCAAAUACUACGUCUCGUAUCGUCGCAAUGAAUUUGUCCUGAUGAAGUUGCCAAAGUACGCGUUGCCAAAGGAUCUGCUGAUCAUCAGCACGGAUGAGAGCCAGGUGUUCGUGGCGGUGCAGGAGUGGUACCAGACGGACACCUACAACCUGUACCAGUCGGACCCGCGUGGCGUGCGUUAUGCCCUGGUGCUGGAGGACGUGCGCAGCUCCCGGCAGGCCGAAGAGGACGUGGUCAUCGACAUACUCGAGGUCCGUGGGGUGAAAGGAGUCUUCUUGGCAAACCAAAAAGUCGAUGGGAAGGUGGUGACCCUUAUAACCUACAACAAGGGCCGCGACUGGGGUCACCUGCGGCCACCCAGUGUGGACAUGAACGGAAAACCCACCAACUGUAAGCCUCCGGACUGCCACCUCCACCUCCACCUGCGCUGGGCAGACAACCCCUAUGUGUCGGGCACCGUGCACACCAAGGACACCGCCCCGGGCCUCAUCAUGGGUGCAGGUAACCUGGGCUCACAGCUGGUGGAAUAUAAGGAAGAAAUGUACAUCACGUCAGACUGUGGGCACACGUGGCGGCAGGUGUUCGAGGAGGAGCACCACAUCCUGUACCUGGACCACGGCGGCGUGAUCGUGGCCAUCAAGGACACCUCCAUCCCCUUGAAGAUCCUCAAGUUCAGCGUAGACGAGGGUCUCUCCUGGAGCACGCACAACUUCACAAGCACCUCCGUGUUUGUGGACGGGCUGCUGAGUGAGCCGGGGGAGGAGACGUUGGUCAUGACCAUCUUCGGCCACAUCAGCUUCCGCUCCGACUGGGAGCUGGUCAAGGUGGACUUCCGGCCGUCGUUCACCAGGCCGUGCGGCGAGGAGGACUACAGCUCCUGGGACCUCACCAACCUGCAGGGUGACCGCUGCCUCAUGGGCCAGCAGAGGAGCUUCCGGAAGAGGAAGCCCACGUCGUCGUGCGUCAAGGGGAGGAGCUUCACGUCGGCACUCAAGUCCCGCGUGUGCGAGUGCCGGGACUCGGACUUCCUCUGCGACUACGGAUUUGAGCGCUCCCCGUCCUCGGAGUCCGAUGCCAACAAGUGCUUUGCCAACUUCUGGUUUAACCCCCUGUCCCCCCCAGACGACUGUGUCCUGGGCCAGACGUACGCCAAUAGCCUCGGGUACCGGAAGGUGGUGUCCAACGUGUGCAAGGGCGGCGUGGACCUGCGGCAGGGACUGGCACAGCUGCAGUGCCCGCUGACGCCGCCCCGGGGCCUGCAGGUCAGCAUCCUCGGCGAGGCGGUGGCCGUGCGGCCCGGCGAGGACGUCCUGUUCGUGGUGCGACAGGAGCAGGGCGAUGUUCUGACCACCAAGUACCAGGUGGACCUCGGAGACGGCUUCAAGGCCAUGUACAUGAACCUCACGCUGACCGGGGCACCCAUCCGCCACCGCUAUGAGAACCCCGGCGUCUACCGUGUGUCUGUUCGGGCGGAGAAUAUGGCAGGGCAUGACGAGGCGGUGCUCUUUGUCCAGGUCAACUCCCCCCUGCAGGCUCUCUACCUCGAAGUGGUCCCUGUCACUGGCAUCAAUCAGGAGGUGAACCUCACAGCCGUGCUGCUGCCCCUGAACCCCAACCGCACUGUCUUCUAUUGGUGGAUUGGCCACAGCCUGCAGCCCUUGCUGUCCCUAGAUAACUCUGUGACAACGCGGUUUGUCAACACCGGGGACGUGCGUGUGACAGUGCAGGCCGCCUGCGGGAACUCAGUGCUACAGGACUCCAAGAUUGUCCGCGUGCUGGAUCAGUAUCAGGUAGUGCCUCUGCGCUUUUCCCAGGAGCUGGAUGCACAAAACCCCAACACCCCGGAGUGGAGAGAGGACGUCGGCCUGGUGGUCACCCGGCUCCUGUCCAAGGAGACCAGCGUCCCCGAGGAGCUGCUGGUGACCGUGGUCAAGCCGGGGCUGCCCACCGUGGCCGACCUGCACGUGCUGCUGCCCCCGCCCCAGCCCACAAGGAAGAGAAGCCUCCCAAGUGACAAGAGACUCGCGGCCAUCCAGCAAGUGCUGACCGCACAGAAAAUCAGCUUCCUCCUGCGGGGCGGGGUCCGCGUCCUGGUGGCCGUGAGGGACGCGGACACAGAUUCUCAGAGGCUGGGACAGAGCAGCAGCUACUGGGUGGUGGCUGUCCUCUUUGUCAUCGGACUGUUCGUGGUGGCAGCCUUCAUCCUCUACAAGUUCAAAAGGAAACGGCCCGGCAGGACCGUGUAUGCCCAGAUGCACAAUGAGAAGGAGCAGGAAAUGACCAGCCCGGUCAGCCACAGCCAGGGCGUCCAGAGCGCCACCCAGGGGAACCACUCAGGCGUGGUCCUGAGCAUCAACUCCCGUGAGAUGCACAGCUACCUGGUGAGCUGAUGCCCGCGGAGCCCGAGCCCAGAACAGUCUCCUCUGUCGUUUCGUCCCCGUGGAGGGCACAGAACCACAGAUGUGGCCGCCACUGGUGCUGAGACUGGCAUCCCCUCAGAGACCUGCGGAAAAGCCACCUCCAGCUAUCCCCAUGUGAGGCGACAAAUGCCCCGCCCCCACUGUCCAGUCCCAGCCCACCCAGCCCACAGGACACAUGGGGGGCCAGCUGACUCCUGCCCUCCCUGGACACCAGGCCCUCGGCACCACCCAUGGCCUCCACCCUGACUCUGGGUACGCCUCUACCCCUGGGUCCUGGGCCGCUGCCCUGGCUGUCCCACACACGUGGCCCAGCCCGAGGCCUGACCUCUGGUGGCCAGUGCUGGUACCCCUGGGACAGGGAGCUGAGCCGACCCUCCCAGAACCGCAGACACUCGGCCCGCAGGCUCCUGCCACCGCAAAUGGACACCGGGGGCCUGCUUUCUCCUCAGAAGCUCCUCCCCAGGGAGACGGCUCCUGCCCCUGGAUGUCCCUCUUUCUGCAGGGGUUCAUCCCCCAGAGUCUGGAAAGCUGUGACCAGGCCCCCCCCACCAUCCUCCAUUCCUCCUGCUGUCCCUCCUCUUUUUAAACUGCAGAUAAUGUAAAUACCUCUCCAGGUAGCUGUUUAUUUUUAACUUCUUAUUUUUAUGGCCAGAUGGUAGCCAUCUGGGUUGUUUUGUCAGAGCCCCACUCUCAGGAGCCCCUUUACCAGAAUGCCCGGGGCUGCCCCUCUGCUUCUGCUGGCAGGGUCUCUUCCCUGGGUCCCAGAGGGGCAAAGGCUGGCCCUGGCUUUCCCCCUGCGGGGGGCCACGGAAACCUGCACUAACACAGCCAACCAGUAGGAGGCGCCCUUCUGCAGGCCCACCUCCUCCCAGGAGCAGUGUGGGACCUGCCUACAGAUGCGACGUCUGUUGUCCUUCCUUAUAGCUUCAGGGACCCGUGUGAAACCCUAGAACCAGAAAGGUUUAGGAUUGGAGAGCCAGGAGGGCCAUCCAGGAGUGAGCCCCUCAUUUUGAAGAUAAGCCAAGGCCCAGAGAGGGGGUGACUUAACUUUCCCAAGGUCACACAGCAAAAGGGUAGCAGAGGUGCCCCAGGAACCAGCCCUCUGUGCCCCACGCCGUGCGAGUCCACUCACACAAACAUGCCUAGAAUCAGGGACGCUGGCCUCCAGCUACACACAUGAAUCCAGAGUGGGAGCCUCACCUUUUGCCUUGAAACCGGAAGUCAGUCUUCCCCUGCCCACCCCAGGCAGGGCUCUCAGGUGGCCUGGCCUUUCCUGGAGGUGGGGAACACCAGAGUCCAGGCCAGCAACUGCUGGCCUGGAAUGAAGCCUGGGGGACAUUAACCCAUCUUCCCUGUGGGAGGGGAGGCCCAGGGGUGACACCUCGCACACAGAACCGCCCCCAGCACUUGGGAGUGGGGGAUCCCUCGAGUCCAGUGUUCCCAUGUCGCAAAUGGGGACUCAGAUCACAGGGUGGAAGGGGUCAUGGGGCCAGGCAGUGGUAGUGGCCUCUCCCCACCAUUCCUGCCCACCCGCGGGGGCUCCUGGGUGCCCUCUCCAGAGGUCACCCUGCAAGUUGUUCUCAAGACCCUCCUUGGGGACAAGCUGGGCCCAGGGCAUGGAGCUGGCAAGGAUGGUGUGGAAGAGUCUGGGUUCUCUGGACCUUUGCCACAGGACUCCCUUCCCCACCCAGCCCUCGUGAAGUCUCCAAAGACCCCUCGGGGGAGCCUGUGGCCUUCUGCCCCACAGCCUUUCCCGUGAGUCAGCACACAAUCCAGGCCCAAGCUCAAGGUCAGCACGGAGUCCCCUUGACACAGCCCCCCACUCACCAGUGCCUGCGGGUAACCAGCCCUUUCACCUUCUCUGACCACUCAACUUCAUUCUCUCUGCUGUUUGGGUAGGGUUCUCCCCUAGUUAUUUGUGUUUUUCUUGUAUUUUAUGUCAUUAGCAAGAAUAUUUUGGGUGUGAGGACCCAAGAACCUGGGAAUAAGGUGGCAUCUGAGGUACCCUAUGCUUUUCCAUGCCCAUAAUCAUAUAGAGCGACACGUAGGUCCAUGGAUUUAUCUGGUUAUACAUCGGAGAGCCUAUAUAUUUGAUGACAGGUACAUACAGGUACCUGGGUGUAAGAUGCAACCUGCUUCGGGCAGCUGAGGUUUCAUUUGACCCAGUUACGCCAUACUUGGUAUAUGCACAUAACAAAAUGUGAUAAAUUCUAUCUUAUUUUUCCUUUUUAAAAUCAAUAAAUCAUUUGU